UUCCUCUCUCUCCCUGCUCCGGCUCCUGCCUACUCUUACGGCCACCACUACCAUCGCCACCUAUCCAUUUCCACUACAAAAGCUCUUACGUGCAAUUACUAUACUCUAACUCAACUACCCUCAUCCUCUGGACUCUUGCUUGUCGUUCCUUCAGCACACCCCCCCCCCCAACUCUCCCUCGAGCCGCAGCCAGCCUUCUUCCUUAUCUUCGGCCGUACUUCCCCAUCGCUCAAGUCCUUUCUUCGUCUCGCUUGCUCACUGCCCUCGAUUCAUCCACCUGUCCCACGAUCUUCACCUCCAGCACCGCCCUCACAAUGCUCCUUCCUCCUCCAGACCGCCGCGAGUUGGCCCCUGCUCUGCCAUCCGCUACACAAACCGAAACAGAUCCUUCGGUGCAAACAUCGAUCCGCUCAGUAAGAAUUCCCGAUGGCACACUCAGACUUCGUGGUGGCCCGGUCGAGAACAGGCGGGUAAGAUGGGAUGCUGGUGUUAUUGACAAUGAAGGCAUGGGGAAGAAGAAGUCAAAAGUAUGCUGCAUUUAUAGCCGUCCCCGAGCAUACGAUGAAUCCUCAAGUGACGAGAGCGACUCUUCCUCCGACGAAGAUAGUGAAAAUGAGGGACAUGGCCAUACACACAAUAAAAAUUGUGGACAUGGUCCCAAGAGAAGCGCAAAGGGGAAGUCAAGAGACAGCAAGCGAGCUCCCAAUCCGAACGCAUACGAGAAGAUGCCAAAGCCGGCGAGAAAGAAGUCGGCAAACUGAACCCUAAUCCGGGUGUCAGAAACAACAACCUGUUAGACAAAACUAGGCGGGGAACGGUGGGAUAUGCAUUUGCGGAUAGAAAAAGCUCGGACAAAAAAGGGGGGGAGAGACUCAUAUGCCUCUAAUUUUUCUCAUGUCCAAAUUUUUCUUUCUUUCCGAUUUUACCCCCUUCACGAUCCUCUUUGAUUCAUAGUUUAUAUUUUUAUUUUCAUGUUCUGGAGUAACUCUUAAAGGCGUAUUAUUGUGGAUGCAUUCAUUAACCUUGCGCUCAUUCUCUCCCCUGGCUGUUAAGGAAUACCCUUCUACUUGUCUGUACUUUCAUCCCCCUUGCCCGGCUUUGGGUCUGGCAAGUAUUCUUUAGUUUCUGGCUUUCCAUUUAUUUUGCUUUAUUGUUUCCCCUCCUCCGAGAAGAACAAAAAAAAAAAAAGCUGGCUGGUCGGACUAGCAACAACAGCAGCGGUUUCUUUUUUAUCUCAUUGGACAGUUUCUGAAUCUUGAUAUAUCAUACUGUAUCUACAGGGGGAUAUC